UUAAUUUGGUGUUGUACUUGCUGCGACUUGUGGGCCACUUACAAAAUUCUAUAGUAGUUCCUUUCGCCGUAACAGGUUUGUGAGAAAUAACUGACGAUAGUGCUUGAACUUUGACAUUGAUGUAAGACAUUAUUUUAUGAGAACUGUCUCUUUAACUCCACUCGAUAGUAGUCUUAUGAAGAACAUUGAACUUACCGGUCCUAUACAAACAUGGUUAUUUUAAGAUUUUUUGCGUCUGAAGCCUUUAGUGCUCAUAAAACAAAAGAGAUAUUGCAGAAGUUGCAAAACAUUGAUACGGACAUAUCAGGGCUGUCAACAGAACUUUGUUACCAUGUGGAGUUGGCCGAUGGGUGUGAUUAUUUGAAUAUCAAUCAAAUUAAGAUCUUACAGUGGCUUCUGAGUUCACCUUUACAGCCUCACGCCUUGUAUAAUGAAUCAAUCUACAAGAUUGUCAGAGAUAAUCAGAUUAUUGUUGAAAUUGGACCCAGGUUCAAUUUCUCAACAGCUGACUCUAGUAAUUCGGUCCAAAUAUGUGAAAGUGUUGGAUUACGUGACAUUGUUCGUCUUGAGGUAUCUACCAGAUAUCUUAUUUCAUUCAAUAAAGCUAAAAAUGUGUCUAACAAGUUGUUUGAAGAUUUGGCUGCGCCUUUACACGAUCGGAUGACCGAAUGCAUUUAUACUAGUAAGAACUUGCCGAGAAAGAGUUUCAAUGAAGGAUUGCCCAAGGAUCUGGAGGCUUGGUUUGUGGUGCCAUUACAAAAAGAGGGUAGGGCUGCUAUGGAACAUGUCAAUCAAAAGUUAGGAUUGGCAUUUGACUCCUGGGACAUGGACUUCUACAUGGAUCUGUUCGUAAACAAAUUGAAACGUGACCCUACCAGCGUUGAGUUAUUUGACCUUGCGCAGAGUAACAGCGAGCAUUCGCGACAUUGGUUCUUCAAGGGCAAGAUAAUAUUGGAUGGCAAAGAAAUAGACCAAUCACUUAUUGAUAUGGUAGCAUCGACGCAAGAAACUUCUAACAAUAAUAAUGUAAUUAAAUUCGGGGAUAACAGCAGUGCCAUAAAAGGUUUCAAGCAUACGAAAAUUCGCCCAACCAACGUAAGGGCCCCAUCUCAAGUGAUUUCAGAGGAGGUUGUGUCUGAUAUCAUAUUCACGGCCGAGACCCAUAAUAUGCCCACCGCAGUGGCCCCAUUCAGUGGGGCUACUACUGGUACAGGGGGGCGAAUUAGGGACGUUCAGGGCGUAGGCAGGGGUGGCCAUACUGUAGCAGGGACAGCCGGGUACAGUGUAGGCAAUUUGCACAUCCCAGGAUAUGAAUUGCCAUGGGAGGAGAAAGGAUGGGAAUAUCCCAGCAACUUUGCCAGUCCGUUACAAAUAAUAAUUGACGCCAGUAACGGUGCAUCUGAUUAUGGAAAUAAGUUUGGUGAACCUGUGAUUACAGGAUUCGUCCAAACGUAUGGUUUGAAGAACGCCGAUAAUGUAAGAGAGGAGUUCGUGAAACCAAUCAUGUUCAGUGGCGGUAUUGGAUACAUGCCCCAUACUAUGAUUAAGAAGAAUAAACCAGAAAAAGGAAUGUUGCUGGUGAAAGUAGGAGGCCCAGUCUACCGUAUCGGAGUUGGUGGUGGAGCCGCUUCCUCAGUGGCCGUUCAGGGUGGUGAUUCAAGAGACCACGCUUUGGACUUUGGUGCUGUGCAAAGAGGUGACGCUGAAAUGGGAAAUCGCCUCAAUCGAGUGGUCAGAGGAUGUUUGGAAUCUGACAUCAAUCCAGUUGAAUCGAUUCACGACCAAGGCGCCGGUGGCAAUGGAAACGUCCUCAAAGAGUUGGUAGAGCCUGAAGGUGCUGUGGUCUUCACUAAGGAAUUCCAACUUGGAGACCCGACCAUUACUACUCUUGAACUUUGGGGCGCAGAAUAUCAAGAAAAUGAUGCUUUGUUGUGUAGUAAAGCUAACAGGCCCGUACUAGAAGAAAUUUGUCGACGUGAAAGGUGCCCUGUGUCGUUCGUUGGAGAAGUCACUGGCGAUGGUUUCAUGAGCUUAGUUGAGGAUUCAUUCACUGAUAAAUACUUGGACAGAGCCACUAGACUGAAGCCAGAGUCAAACUCUAAAGUUCCCUAUGACUUGCAUUUGGAAGCAGUUUUAGGAAACAUGCCAAGAAAGACAUUUGAUUUGAAGAAGGAGAAGAGAACCAAACUGCCGCUGUCUUUGCCUAGCGAUGUCACAGUUAAGAGCGCCCUCGACAGAGUUCUGAGACUCGUGAAUGUGGCUAGCAAGAGAUAUUUAACUAAUAAGGUGGACCGUUGCGUCACAGGACUUGUAGCGCAACAGCAAUGCGUUGGGCCCUUACACACUCCAUUAGCCGACUGCGCCAUCAUAGCUUUGUCUUACAACGAGCUGGUGGGAUCAGCUACUUCAAUCGGCACCCAGAACAUUAAGGGCCUAUUAGACCCUGCUGCGGGAGCGAGAAUGUCCCUUGGUGAAGCUUUGACUAAUUUGGUGUUUGCCGGCAUAUCAGAGUUAGAAGAUGUCAAAUGCUCAGGCAACUGGAUGUGGGGUGGCAAGACAGGCGUCGAAGGUGGGACUUUGGUGGUGGCCUGCGAUGCCGUAUGCGCCGCUAUGAGGAAGCUCGGAGUGGCCAUCGAUGGAGGAAAAGACUCGCUGUCUAUGUGCGCCUUUGUUGCGGGACAGAAAGUGAAAUCACCCGGUACUUUAGUGGUUUCAACUUACGCGCCCUGCCCGGACAUCACGGUGAAAGUUGAGCCCGCGCUCAGAGCUGAAGGCUCUGCGUUGGUCCAUGUUCCAGCUACACCAGGAAAAUACAGACUUGGCGGUUCUUCGCUGGCGCAAUGUUACAAACAGCUUGGAGACAACCCACCAGACCUAGACGACCCAUUGGUUCUGAAGUCACUCUUCAAGGUUACACAAAAACUAUUGAAAGAAAAUAAAUUGCUAUCUGGUCACGACAUUAGCGAAGGUGGUUUCAUAACCACAGUCUUAGAGAUGGGCAUUGGAGGUGUUCGCGGAUUGAACAUUGACUUGCAAGUCGAAAGCAACGUGUCUGCUAUCGAGGCGUUGUUCAAUGAGGAACUGGGCAUCGUGGUCGAAGUGGCUCAGGCUGACUUGGCUUAUGUACUCAACGAGUAUAAUAAGAACGGAGUGAAGGCUAAACAUAUUGGUAGCACGGGACAGUAUGGAAUGAAAUCUAAGGUCAGUGUUAACGUAAACGGCGUUCAAGUACUGAACACGGAGUUGAUCGAUGUAUUUAGGAUGUGGGAAGAAACCAGCUAUCAGUUGGAGUGUUUGCAAGCUAACUCUGACUGCAUCAAUGAAGAAUGGAAAGGUCUUGAGAAACGUAAAGGUGCGACAUACAACGUCACGUUCGAUCCUUCUGCAGCGAUAUUGAAAACCAAAUCCGUUAAAGUGGCUGUACUGCGUGAAGAAGGAACAAACGGCGAUCGUGAGAUGAUUGCGUCACUGAUGAUGGCGAACUUCGAUGUGUUUGACGUCACGAUGAGCGACCUUCAAAAUAAGAAAAUAACUCUGGACGCCUUCCAAGGACUCGUCUUCCCCGGUGGAUUCAGCUACGCAGAUACGUUGGGUUCUGCCAAAGGUUGGGCGGCAGGUAUCCUAUUCUCAGAGUCACUGAGCGCACAGUUCGCUCACUUCAAAAACCGAAGUGACACUUUCUCGCUGGGCGUCUGCAAUGGCUGCCAGUUGAUGGCCCUUCUGGGCUGGAUAGACCCGCAACAGCCGCGUAGAAACCAAGAGAAGGCUCAGAUAUUCCUGGAUCACAAUAGCUCCGAAAGAUUCGAAUGUCGUUGGAGCGCAGUAAAGAUCACCGAAGACCGCAAGCAAGACGUAUGGUUCCGCGGAAUGGGCGGCAGUGUGAUAGGAGUGUGGGUGGCCCACGGCGAGGGCCGGUUCACAUUCGCCGACGAACUGGUGAUGGACAAGGUGAAGAGGAACGGACAGGUCGCCAUGCAGUAUGUGGAUGAUGAUGGAGUGCCUACUGAGGUGUACCCGAUGAACCCUAAUGGAAGUCCAAUGGGCAUCGCCGGAGUGCGUUCCCCCGACGGGCGCCACAUUGCCAUGAUGCCGCACCCCGAGCGCUGCGUGCUGCGCUGGCAGGCCGCCGCCCCCGCGCCCGCCGCGCCCGCCCCCGCCCGCGCCUCCAGCCAGGCGUCACCGUGGGUCAGACUGUUCCAGAACGCGUAUACUUGGUCAACGAAUCAAUAAAUUGUUCCAGAACGCGAUAGGCAUUUUGACACCACCGCAGUUGGGUAGUUGAUACCAAUAACGCGUAAAAGUGUAAUUUUUGGUAGUUGUUGUCUCACUACCUAUUUUAUUUUAUUUUUUGCCUCGAAUAAGUACGAAUAUAGACGGUUUAACCGUUUGGAUCGAUUAUUCUGAAUCUCGCCGUUUUAUAUUGAAAAAUCUCUCCUUAAUUGGUAAAUUACCUCAUUUUAUCAAUUAGAACUGGCUGAAAACUUGAUAUGACUGAAAUUUAGAGGGACCAAAAUAAUAAUUUUGUACGUUAUACUUAGCAUACUUUCUUAAGUUAUUUUUUAUCAAAAGAUGUUGAUUAUAAUCAUGUCUUUAGUUUUACAAUCGUUGUAUGAUUUGAUGUUUACUAUAAAAAUAUUUUUGUUUUGUAUACGUUGUUGUGUUGAGUUUAUAAGAACUGGAAAUGGUUAUGUAAGGUUAUUAUGAAUUAAAAUGUGCCAAGUUAAACCUAGUAUUAAGAAAAAAUAGGAGAUCUUUUAUUACUGUUGUGCGUUGUGUUUUUUAAAUUUUGCUUUAAAAAAAUUAUAUCUGAUAUUUGUCUGUAUUCUUCUAAAGAACAAUUUGUCAAAUUCCUACGUUUAAGGUUUAUCAUAUUUAAUAUCCAUUUUGCAUUUUUACUGUAUCUGUGAUGGAUAAGUUGCCUUUACCAGUGAGAUGUCUUCCAUAAAACAUUCCAUAAAGUUCCAACAAAAUUUUUGAGGCGCUAUUUUAUGCAUUUUAAAU